AUGACAUGGCAUCAUGUUCCCACUGAUUUAAAUCCCGCAGACAUCCUAUCUAAGGGAGCGACUCCAGACGAACUUUUAACUUCAUCACUUUGGCAAUGUGGACCUCCAUUCUUGCUUGGAGAUCGAAACAAUUGGCCUAUGACUUAUCCCCUGCUGUAUGAUUUGCCUGAAAAACGCAAGGCAGUUCUUAUUUCAACUGUAAAAACAAAUGACAUUUCGAUUAAUUGGAAAUUUAUCAACAAUUUUUACAAAAUACAACGUAUAUUUGGGUAUGUCCAAAAAUUCAUCAGCAAGGAGCGAUCUACUAUUUUAACAGCUAAUAACAUACAGCAAGGUACAUUCAUAUUAAUUCGAACAGUGCAAAAGGCGAAUUUAUGGAAUGAAUAUCAUAAUUUGGAAUGGAAAAAAUCAAUUAGUUGCUCAAGUAACUUAUUCUCCUUAACUCCAUUUUUAAAUGAUAUUGGUCUACUUCGUGUUGGUGGACGACUAAAAAACUCUAACCUAGACUUUAAUGCACAACAUCCAAUUAUACUACCUAAGCAUCAUCCGCUCACUGUUUCAAUCAUAAAUCAUUUUCAUCGCAAAAUGCUGCAUGCAGGUCCACAAUCAUUGCUUGCUUCAAUGCGUCUUCAAUAUUGGCCAAUAGGAGGUAGAAAGCUAGUAUCCAAGGUCAUCAACCAAUGUAUUAUAUGUUUCCGAGCGAAACCAAUAACUGCAAGGCAUAUCAUGGGACAAUUACCAAAAGAUCGUGUUCAUGCUAAUCGUGCUUUCAUCAUUACUGGCACAGACUUUUGUAGUCCUUUUUAUUACAAGUCCGAAGUUCGCAAUAAGUCUCCAAUCAAAUGCUAUGUUUGUUUAAUCAUUUGUUUCGCGACCAAAGGUGUCCAUUUAGAAUUGGUCAAGGAUUUAACAACAUCAGCAUUUCUAGCCGCAUUACAGCGUUUUAUUUCAACUCGUGGCAAACCAAAAAUUAUUUGGUCAGAUAAUGCUACAAAUUUUUGCGGUGCCAAAAAUCAGCUUGCUGAGCUCAGGAGACUUUUCUUUACUCAAAAACAUCAUGAGUUGCUUCACCAUCAAUGUCUCAGUGACAGCAUCGAAUGGAAAUUUAUACCUCCUGGAUCGCCACAUUUCGGCGGCCUCUGGGAAGCUGUCGUAAAAACAGCCAAAUAUCACUUUUGUCGAGCGGUUGGCUUAGCAGUUUUAGAAUUCGAUGAACUACGCACUUUGGUUUGCCAAAUUGCUGCUAUUAUCAACUCUCGUCCACUCUGCCCGCUUUCAGAAUGUCCGGAAGAUCUUGAUGUUCUCACACCUGCUCACUAUCUAAUCGGUGCCCCGUUAACAUCAAUCAUUGAGCCUGACACUACGGUCUUGAAUGUUAACCGGCUUGAUCGCUGGCAGCGCAUUUCAUAUAUUCAACAAAUUUUUUGGAAACGCUGGAGUACCGAAUAUCUUACACAGCUACAAGAGCGAUCAAAAAGGCGAAGACCGACUCCAAAUAUAUCACUUGGUGCAAUAGUUCUUUUAAAGGAUGACAAUCUCCCACCAUUUCGCUGGCCGCUCGGUAGAGUUAUUGAAGUCAUAUCUGGUCCUGAUGGUAUCAUUCGUAGCUCUGUCACGAAGCUCUGUAUCUUGCCUUUAAAUGUGUCUCUCGUGGAACGCGACCGUUCCAAUGGGGGGAGAAUGUUCGUGAUUGGCUUUAUAUUUUUCUAUUAUUAA